AUCAUUUUAUUAUGCAGUGUUGAUCUUGGUCGCCUUCUUCCUGUUGAUACCUGCCGCAAUAUUCGCCAUGAUCGAGCCAGAAUGGGACUACCUGGACUCGUUCUACUAUUGCUUCAUCUCACUGACAACGAUCGGCCUCGGAGACUACAUUCCUGGAGACUCUCCAGACCAGCCUUACCGUCCGCUGUACAAAAUCAUUACAACUUGCUACCUCUUCCUGGGCAUCACCUUCAUGAUGCUGACUCUAGCCGUCUUCUAUGACAUUCCUCAGCUAAACCUGGGUUUGCUGUUCACAAUGGCAUCGUCGGAUAGCAAUGCAGAGGAUGGAAGUUCCGAAAAAGUCCGCCUAGCUGCCGCAGGCCAGGGACUUCAAUAUGGUGGCGCGAGCGUUUGCAGUCCAGUCGCUGAAGACAAUGGCCACAGACAGGUAGUGAGGGUGAAAUCUCGACGACGAGACAGUCCUAGUCCUGAAGAAAAGGAACUUAGAAUACCAUGAAAACUCUAUAGUAUGGUAGAAUUAGACAUGAUCAUAAAUCAUAAUACACAUAAUAGGAGAGUAUAUGAUACGAGCUGUCACACAUUCAUUAUGAACCAGCCAUUACCAACUGAAAAAAUGUCUAACUACUUCAGUUUAAAACACAUAUCAAUUAGAUAUGAACAUCAAUAUGUUUGUCGUUGAAUUAAUUAAACUCAUAUUUCAUUCAGUAGAUAAAUGUUUGGACAAUAUUAAGUAUAUAGUAGUUAUUUCAUACGACUGCUGGCAUGGCAAGAAGAACAAAAUCCAGACUCUACUGUUCACGAGAUGUUUAACCAUAUGAAACUUUGUCAUCUCUAUCAAAUUGUCAACAAGUUAUUUCAUCAAUUUCAUCAUUCGAAGAUGCAGAACUGUGCACAAAACAUGCAUAGCUAAAGGCCGUAUCGUUAGUCGUUCCUACAAUUAUUAUUGUAGGACGCCUUCAUGACUUUGAUUUUCAUAGUUUUUUCUAUCCUUCAGAAAGGCAGAGGUAUUUCCAGAUUUCUACUGUUCCGUGUCAGCGCUCUAUUUUGAGGUUAUGUUACAAAAAUCUAUUUGCAACAAAUAGUUCAUGCUUUUGAAUUAUGUCGACUGUUUUAUCAGCCUGAAAUGUCCUACAGUUUAAAAAUAAAACAUAACCUCACAAUAUCAGAGCGCUGGCGCUGGCACGGAACAGUAGAAAUUUAGAAAUUAUACAAUAAAUUGUAGGACGCCUUCAUGGCCUCCCUGUUACGUUCAGUGCUCUAUUUUGAGGUUAUGUUACAAAUAUCUAUUUCCAUCAAAUUGCUCAUGCUUUUGAUUUAUAUCAUUUGUUAUAUCAGCCUGAAAUUCCCUACAAUUUAAAAAGAAAACAUAGCCUCGCAAUAGGAGAGCACUGACGCUGUCACGGAACAGUAGACAUCUUGAAAUACCCCAGCCUUUCUGCAGGAGAGAAAAGACUAUGAAAAAAAAAGGAGGUCAUAAAGACGUCCUACAAUUGUAGGAAUGACUGAUGAUACGGCGCUAAAUUGAGAGAAAGCCCAAAACGUUAGAUUUUUUUAAAUGAUCAUGGUUAAAAACUGUGCUACAUUUUGAGACAUGUGUAAGAACUAUACGAUACCUAAAGUUAGUAUGCUUUUAUGUUUGAAAAAUUGCUUGCAAAUCGUAAGACUACCUUAUCUCGAUAGUCCAACUAGUAUGUGGGUAAGCAUAACAUUAGUUAAGUGUCUAUAAUACUUAUAACACCAAUACGAGUAAUAAUCCUACAAAAUAAUAUAUAGGGUGCUUCAAGACUUUCCAAGCAAAUAACACACAAGUCACUCCUCUUAUUAUACUUAAUAAUAUUAAUAGCAUUAAGAUUACUUGUCAAUAUUUUUCCUCAUAUCGACUAUGACCUUAAAAAACAUAUACAUAAAUGUAUAUCGUGGAUUAGAGGAAUAAGCCUUGCUCUCGGGACUGUUAUUUUUGUACCUACCUGUAAAAUAUCAGAGAAUUAGACCAGAGCGGUGUUUAGUAUGUCCCAUUUUAUAUUUCGAUAUCAGACCGUCCACGGGUUUUUUGUUAAUAACUAGGUAGUCUUUGUUAAAUGUAAAACUGAGAAAAUUGUUCAGUUCACUAUGAUCUUACCUAGAAAAAUAGAAUUGAUUAAAGCGUUCAGUAUCCGUGAAAGAUCGGGUUUUUAUAGUGUCACUGCCAGUAUACAAGGUUACUGGUAAUUCGCCGUAUUCAUUCCAGAGUGUCACAGGAGACAAAGUCCAACAAAUUUUGCAGGGUCUUUCAAAUUUGACUCUGACCAUUGACACAUUAACAUUGCCACUUUUUCUCGUCUACAAGAAGGGAUAAUUGGAAUUUCAAUAUUACGUUUCGUCUCUUGUCCUCCAGCACAUAAUACGCAAAGUUGGGGUUUUCCUUUUCAGAAACAACUACCCUUGAAAUAACAAAGGUAAUGUGUAGUGAAACGAGGGCGACCAAGUAAAAAAAAAUAAAGGAAAAAGUACUCACUCCCACUUCCAGUUGAAGAGAAGGGCUAAGUACGUCUCUGCCCGAAAUCAUACCGCUCCAACAGAAAAUGAAAUCAGCUGAUGCGCUACCGAGCAGACGCACCAUGCCAGCCCAAACAUUCACCGAAAAUGUUUGUUGAAAAUGUGCCCGACGGACAGCGUGCGGAUUUUCUACUGACCAAACAUGAGUGUUGCGAAAGUUAUUCACUCCAUUACGAGUGAACGUAGAUUCGUCUGUCACCAAUAUGCACUUCAAAAAGUCCGGAUUAUUGUCAUUGUCAUGUUGAUGCAACAACCACUCACAAAACCGCACUCUUGCUGGAAAAUCGUCAGGUUGAAGGGCUUGUACACGUUGGACGUGAAACGGGUACAGCCCCUCUUCACGCAGCGUUUGCCACACUUUAGUUUUUGAUACUUGCACUUCUCUAGCCACGUCUCUAGUACUUGUUGAGGGAUUCUCGUCUACGCGAUUACCUCACGUGACCGUAGCCGUCGGUUGAAGGUUGCAUACUGACCUGACACACUGACCCCGACCCAGUUCUGUCGUUGAGCCACUGACAUUGUACCACUCCGUGAUGUCGCGGCUACAGGACGGUAUUCAGAUAUUUUUGAUGUUGCAGAGCUCUUUAUCUCGGUUAACUUAAGACAUUGGUGUAAAAAGGUACUAAGAAAAAUUGCUUACGUCGUGUAAAGGAAAACCCCAACUUUGCGGACACCCUGUAUAAUGAUUUUUUGAUAUUCUUGCCGGGGGUGAACGGAAAGAGCAGAAUGGAAAUAGUAGAUACAAUGACCUAUCAUCAAGAUAAAAAAAUAAUAAUCUACGAUAAUCUCGACGAUCAAAUACCCGAUCUUUCAAAUGAAUAACCAUGUCAAGGCUCAUUAUUCUUCUGCGUAAGAAAAAAGGCUUAUAACUCUUUUCCCUGAACUUCUAAGCUUUCCGUAAAUAGCAUAUCACCAGAGCACAGAGUAUUUAUUAUUAAAUGCAUUUAUUUUUCUAUGUGUAAAGAGGUUAUUUUAAAUGUAUGGAACUUUAUUUGAAAUAUUGAUAUCUUACAAAAUAACAAUAAUCUUAUGAUGAAACAAAACGAUUGAUAUAUUUUUAAAUAUAUACAAUCACUAUGAUGGAUAUAGAUUUUAGUAUUAGACGGAUUCAAUUAUUUGUGGACCAAAUAAAGUAUAUAUGUCUGAG